AUGCCAGACAUUACAGCAAAAGAAACUGAGGAAUCUAAAUCAGCAGAACAGGCCAUUACCAAACAAAAGUAUGAAGAAGCCAAACUUGAAUUACAAAGUUUACUCGCUCGCAAGAAACAAGUUGACACCAAUCUGGUAUGCCAAAGACCUAAUGACAUACAUGUAUACAUUCUAAUAUACAAGCAGAUAAAUCUUGAGGAUUCAAUCUACCGUUUCGAGGGAUCAUAUCUUGAAGAUACGCAGCACAAUGGCAACAUAAUUCGAGGCUUUGAAGGGUAUCUCUCUAGCCGACCUGAUAAACGAAAGCCAAAGUUCACAGAACUCGAUCGACUUUUUUCACUUUCGUCUUCUACAUAUCAAAAGGCACUUGCCCAAAAGGAAGAAAAGGAACAAGAAUCGAGCCAAGACGAUCGGUCAAUGCACAGUGGAAGUUCUUUGUCAGUUCGCAGAGAUAAAAAGCGUAAAAAGUUAUCGUCUGGUGAUAUUCUACGUAAAAAGAAACGUUAUGACUCGAUAGGAAGAGAAUCAGAAGAUGAACUUGAUGUAUAA